UAGUAAUAAAUUUCUUAUUAAAUUUUUAUAUUGUUAUAUGUAACAAGAAUAAAUUUAAAAUUUCCGUGGUACAUAAUGUGUGAUUUUCAAAAAAGGAAAGCAUUGGACUAUCAUGGUGAUGGGAAAAAGAUGCGCUUUGUUAAAAAGUCACGAUGGGAAACACCUAUACCAAAGUCAACAUCUUAUUGGAACGAAGUAUGUAAUAACAUAGAAAAGAAAGUUCGAAAACCUCCCCUGUGUAAUUCCCGUCAACUCAGGCGUGUUCUACCCUUGAAAUCCUAUAACCUGGUGGCUCCUAUUCUUAACAUGCCGCAGUGGCAACCAAAAAAAUACGUGGGGAGAAGGUUCAUUUUUGCCAAGGGUAAGGAUGGUGAAAAAGAUAGAAGGGAUAGAAGAAGGUCCAGCGAGAUCGAUUUCGAUUUGUUCGUACAUCCCCCAUCUGCAACGGAACGUUCCCUACGGGGAGAUUCCCCAAAUUCGCAAAAAUUGAAUCCCUACGCUCUUUUUCUAGUUAAACCACGACGAAAGGUGGUAACAUGGCGGCCACUUAAGAAAAAAGACCUAAAAGGCUACAACCCUGAUGCUACAUUAAGCAUGAGAGCGUCUAAAAUCACUGAUAAAAUUUGCCAUGAUUUUUGUGAGUGGCUGCGAGGAUUGACUGGAUCUUUGGAGAGAAUAGAUGAGGAAGUCUUGAAGGACAUGUUCCAAAUUAUUUUUACAGCUGAUGCUUGCAAAUCUAUGCAGGUAAUUAUCAAAGAAAUGCCAACAGUACCUAGGCCAAUUGCAUUGAUCAGGAACCGUCCAAGUGCCACAGAACUUGAAAUGACUCGAAAGGAAUUAAGACGUGACAUUAAAAUAGAAAAGAAACCUAAAAAGACUUUCGCAUUUGGAAGAGCCUUGCCUAAACACUUGCGUUUUGUACCUCCCCAAAAUCAAGUAGAAAAAAAAUGGUUUCUGUGUGAAAAUGUUCCUCAAGAAUUGGAAAGUAUGGAUCUUGUCUGGAAUGGAAUCAAACACUUGAAAAGCGUAAAAGGCUUCGUAAAUUGGCUAAAAGCGAACACAAAUUUAGCGCCACCAGAUACUUUGGAUAUUAAAACUGAUGCCUUAUCUGUAUCUCGUUUUUCACAAGAAGAUAUGAUUACACAAAUUGACUUUGAAGGAAGAAACUUUUAUUGAGUAUUUCAGAUAAGUAAUGUUAGACUCAUCAAGAGAAAAGUAUGUUUGUUGACUGUUAACAUUUUGUUAAUUUAUUAUAUAAUGUAUUGAUUGUUUUAGGUACUAUUAUUGAAUUUGGUUUGUUUUCUAUAGAGCAAUUAGAUAUACUAUAUCGUCCGUUAUAAAUUUAACUAAAUUAAUUUUGAAUUAAAAUAGAGAGUUUAUAUUUGCACACGUUGGUGCUACUCCAAACGCUUGCUUCAUGUACGUGGUAUAUGGUUAACCUCUAGAGCCCUAUAUAUAUGUAUAUGAACUCGCAAUGUACCUAUCAUCAUAGGAGUCUGAAAUCAACGAGGAAAACAGACAGGGUAGCACUUUUUAUUUGGAAUCAGCGAUGAAAUUCUCUAGGUUGAUAUGCACUUUUUCAAAUAUCAACCAGACAAACCGAGCUAUGAAAUCUGUAAAACAUUGUUAAGGGAACUGUCAUAUGCUUCAAAAUAGUCCACAGAACUCUCCCAUAAAAAUCGUAUCUGUAGUCUGUUGUGUCGGUCGAUUUCAUUUCAAAAAUUUGAAUUAUCCAUAAAGGGAAGUUGCAAAUGAUUGAAAAGGUUAUAAGUUCACGACCUGGCUUCUCAGAUUGAAGUUUUUGUGAAUUCGAUCAACGUCUCAACCCGUCAACUAUGAGAGGAGUCUGAAUUAGAACUUGGCUCCCCUGGAAUAAACACUCUAAUAAAUUCUUUAUCAAUCAUUGUUAUGAAAAAAAACUAACAAAGAAAUAAAAAUAGGGAAAUCACCUCCAAAAUGAUUAUUGUGAUUUUCAAAUAAUCGUGUGUCCGUAUGGCUGGAACGACACUGAAGAUAGCAUAGAGGAAAAAUGCAGGAAUUGCGAGGAAGAGAAGAAUAUCGUCUAAAAGUGAGACACCGUUGCGAUUGACAUCCAAUUUAACUAUUUUUCUGUACGCUAGUGUCUCUGAAAAUGUCAUUACUGUCAAAAGCGUAAUAAUAAUUACUUUGUUUGCGAAUU